GUAAAAAAUUAAUUAAUUUUUCAAAAUAAAAAAGUGUAAAAGUAAUUAAUACACAUUUUGGUAAUAUUUGCAAAAUUAUUUCUAAAGAACUCAUAAAGCAUGUAAAGUUUAAAUAUUGCAAAAAUCCAGUGUAGCGUGUUAACCAAAUAAUCACCUUGAAGAGAUAAAUACCACAUUCACAUAAUAAAAAUAUUAAGUGAUCAAGACUAUAAUAAUUUCAAAUAAUAUUAAAAUAAUAUUAUAACUAUAUAGUGUAGAAGGUAAUAAAAAAAUAGUAAACUAAAAAACAGAAAAAGUACUUGACAAUAAGUAAAUACAAAAUUGCCUGUAAAAUAAAAAGAUAAAAUUAAAAAAAAAAACCUCAGGUGAAUUUACAUUGUUAAGAAUUACAAAAAAAAAAAAAACAAAAAUCAAGUAAAAAUAAUAAAAAAUUUAUUUUGAAAAAAACAAAAAAAAAAUGAAAGUAAUUAUUUUAAGUUAUUUAAUAUUCUUAAGCUUUUAUAUAAUUGAAUCGGCAACCCGAUCGUCAUUCAAAAUUAAUCCAAAUAUUGGGUUGAUAGCGACUACUACAACAACAACAUUAAAGAUUAACCACAAUAAUAAUAAUAAUAAUAAAAAUAAUAAUAAUAAUAGUAGUAGUAGUAAAACGGUACUUCAAAAACAAAAAAAUAUUAAUAUACAACAAAUAAAAUCGAGACAAUAUUUUCAAACACAACCCACAACAACAAUAGCGGCAAUACCACAAAUAAAAAGAGAACCAAAAAAUAUUGCAAUUUUGAAAACAGAAUCAAAAAUAAAAACCCCUACUACAACAUCACGGUAUAAUAAUCAGCGUAUUGAAUUGCCCACUUAUCCUAAUAAUAUUGUAAAAAACUCUUUGUUUAACAAUGAAAACGAAAUUGAUUAUAAUAAUAAUAGUAAUCAGGCAGAUAACGAUGCAAAUCAUAAUGAUAAAUUAAUAUAUGGAAUGAAGACAACAACAAAAAUAUAUAAAAAUUUUGAAAAUUCAGCGAAAGAUAUAGACAAGUCGAAAAAACGUCAAACAACAAAACAGAGAAAAGCGAAGCCGGACUUACCAACCAAAUCACCUUUUUUAUCAUCAGAUGACACUAAUAAUGUCCCUAAGAAAUACAUUCCAACAACAACAAACAAACCAAGGACAACAACUGCUUUGAAAAAAAAUGUUUCCAAUAGUCCUAUAAAAUUUCAGCUGGAUCAAAACCAAUCUUUAUCAAAAUCAUUUUUGUCGAAUGAUUCUUUAAUUUGUCCAAAAGAAACUGAAGCUCAUUUUAAUUUAUUUGCUCCAAACUGUAAAUCUCAUUCUGAUUGCACGAGUUGGAAUAAAGAAUUUCGUUGCUGUACAAUUUUUAAUAGUAGAAAUUGUCAUAAAGGUGUUCCAAGACCAUUGGAAGAAUCUUCUCAUUCACCUAUUUUGGGAAUUAUACCUAGAAAAUGUCCAGAAAGACCAUUAGCUGAACUUUUCUGGGAUUUAAAAACUUGUGAUACUGAUGAUGAUUGUUGGCCGAGAGUUUGCUGUCCCGAUGGAAAAAAUAGAUAUUGUAGGACAUCUACACCAGAAUAUGAAUCAGUUCCGUUUCAAAUUGGAAGACCACUUGCAUAUGUGUCGGAGUACUUAGAAUGCACGCCACCGCCGCCACCAAUAUUCGAUUUACAUCCAAAAUCAUGUAACUCAACUUUGGAUUGCUUUCCUAAUGUAUGUUGCCAAGAAGCUGGUAAAAAGAAUUGCAGGCCAACAAAGAAAUCUGUUUUAUCAUUUAUGGCCAAUUUUUUCAAUACCGGGUUGGUAAGGCGUCUAACAAAUAAUUUAGUGAUCAAGAAGUAAUUUUUUUAAAAAAAAUUGUUACGUAUGUAUAAAUGUAAUGCAAUAUAUUAUACUAAUAUAUACUGAAUAUUUUAUACAUUUUUUAUCUAUUUAUUCAAAUUAUAUUUUAGUUUAAGCUAAUAAAAUUAGAAAUUAUUAAA